AUGUCGUCCCCCAUCCCCUCCCUCUUCCUCUACGACCACCCAGCCUCCUCCUACGCCCAAAAAGUCCGCAUGGCCCUCCGCCUAAAAAACCUCCCCUUCACAAAAGAAACCCCCCAAAACCUCGGCCUGGGCGAACCCAACGCCUCCUUCGAGUCCGCCAACCUCCGCAUGGAAGUCCCCGCCCUGAUCAUCGACUCCGACUUCAAAAUCUUCGACUCCAGCGUCAUCGUGCAGUACCUCGAAGACGCAUUCCCAGACGCACCAAGUCUAUUGCCGAAAGACCCCCGCGAGAGGGCCGUGGCGCGGAUGAUCGAGGAAAUGUGCGAUACGGCGUACGAGGCGAUUAACUGGGCUCUGGGUGAGGUCUUCUGGUUUGGACGGGCGGAAGGCAAGGAGGCUGAGAGGAUUAAUGCUGCGGCGGCGGACCAGACGAAGCAGAUCCACGAAUGGCUGACCCCCCACCUCGGCUCCAAGGACUUCUUCAACGGCGACGCUCCAGGACUCGCAGACAUCUGCGUCGCGCCCGUCUUUCACCGCAGCGUGCUGCGCGGGCUCGGUCCCGCGAAAGACAGCGCGCUGGACCGCUGGCACACGCGGAUGGGCGAGGUUCCCGCGAUCGCGGAGACGUGGCGGGAGAUGGAGGGGGGUGUGCAGGGGAUGUCGAAUGCGGGGCCGGGGUUCUGGGCGCCGCAUAGUGGGCGACGGAGGGAGUAUCGGGAUCAUCGGUUGGAGUUUUUGAUGAAGAAUGGGGCGGGGUGGAUUGUGAAUAAGGGGUUGGAGGAUGAUAAUGUGAGGUUUGGGAGGUUUCCGAGGGUGAAUUAG